AGAUGCAAAUAUAUCAUGUCUGAUACUGAUGUUUUUUCGCUUUGCUCUUUAGGUGGCAUUUUAGAUGAGGCAACAAGGAAAGACCUUUUUACAGACACUUUCUGUAAGCUUUGUGGGGCAGUGCUGCAGUUUGAGUCCCAAAGGAUGUCACAUUAUGAGGGCAAGAAGCAUGCUCAGAAAGUUCGACUUUACAUCCAGAUGCACAGCGAGAAAGAGAGGCAGGAGCAUGGGAAACCGAAGAGAGUGGAUUGUGCCAAUUUUCAGACGGAUGGCAGUGGAGUAGUGGACAGAAACAAGUACUGCAAUCUCUGCAAUAUGAUUUUUACUUCCCCCAUUGUUGCCUUGUCUCACUACUUGGGAAAGAUCCAUGCUAAAAAGCUGAAGCAAUUAUCAGGAGACCAAGCCCAGAUGUCAGCCCAGCAAACACAGCCUGUCUCUGCAGGUUUAUCCUCCACUUCCACAUCUCCAGCUUUACAGAAGUCCUCAGCUGAGAAGCCCUCGCCGACUUCGAAAGCUGAAGAGUCAUCUUCAUCCUCCAGCAAAAGUUUAGAGAUAAAUGAUCCAGAGAAGUACUGCAAGCUCUGCUCUGCUCCCUUCAAUAACCCACUGGUGGCCCAUCAGCACUAUCUUGGUAAGAAACACAGAAGAAAUGAAGCACGUAAAAAGAUGAUGGAGGAGAUGGGAGACAAAGCGGCCCCUGCAGAAUCCMGCACAAAUGCAGUUGGGGCUGGUCAGUACAUAUGUCCUAUAUGUAACAUCACACUUACAUCUGUAGAAAUGUACCAGUCCCACAUGCAAGGGAAUAAGCACCAGACUAAAGAAACAACAGUUGUCAAUCUCACAAAGAACUCAAAGAAAACUUAUGACUCCUUUCAAGAUGAACUAACAGAUUAUAUUAAAGUACAGAAAACUGGAGAUCUGGAGUCAGAAACACUUCCCAGAAAGACAGAAGGGGAAGUGUUUCAGGAUAAAGAUACUGGAGGAAGAAGUGACCCUGGUGAGGUUUUACCUGCAAGCUUUACACAAGAGCAAGCCCAGCAUUCCAGCCUCUGCUCAGAAACACACUCACCUACAGAUACUGGGGAAAACUCAUCAGUUUGUGAGAAUACACUGGAAACCAUGCCUGAUUGUCACUAUAAUGAGGAAUAUGGUGUAGACAAAAAGGCAUCUGAGGUGGCCKCCAUCAGAGAGGAGGGCUUUGUUCUAUCAGUUGCCACAUCUAAUGACUGCCACGAACUUCUGUCUGCURAAACUGCUCUCAACACCUACACAAAAGAAGAAAAACCUCUGGAAAAACAUGUUGAGGAGUCAAAGUGCAUCCAUGUCGAAUUGAAGUAUGAGAAAAAAGGCACAAAGCAGAAAAGAAAGGAGAACAGUGAAGAUGAAGAUUCUGAGAAGGAAGGUGAGCAGCCAAAGCGAAUAAAAGUGGACACGGACUUGAUAAAUGAGGAGAAAUCAAAAUCUUACAAAGACAAGAAGCUUGGAGAAAACCCUGCUGAGAGAGAGAGCAAAAAGCACAAGAAAGAUAAAAAGAAGCCACAGACAGAAAGCAAAACAGAAGAGGAGCUGCUCUGGGAUGAAUCUAUCCUGGGAUACUGAUACGGAUUUUGUUUAGUUUUAAGAACCUGAUUCUCUCUCUAGACUCUCUUAGCCAUUGUGUCCUGUACAAUGACUUUUGUAAACAAAAUUUUUGUUCCAACCUGGAAGCAAGAAAAAUCCUGUCUCCUGAGAGUUUGGGGUAGUAGUUUGACAAAUGAAGAAAUCAGAGCACAUUCGUUGGGAGAGCUCGCGUGCUGACUGCACAGCUCGUGUGCCGAGGGUCUGGUGUCUCCUACCAGGAGCAGCCGUAAGCAGUGGGGCCUCGUGGGUUCGGGGAACCCAUGAAGUUUGCCUCCACCUUCUCUCCGUUGGGAGUCAUUGCUGUGUAAGCUGCUGCAGUUUGUCUCUCCCACCUGGAUGACGUGUGACUCUUACAGUGAAGUGAGCCUGUGAUUUUCUGCUUUCUUCUGUGCCCAGCACUCCCUGAUGGCAUCUGGGUUUGGAUCCUGCUUGCACAGCAGAGCGUGUUUGUCUUGCAGAAAGUGUGAUGUUCACAGGAAGAAUAUACUGCAUAUGCACAUUGAAUGCAUUUGCUAGGCUAAUGCUUGAAUAAUUUGCUAGAAUUGCAUGAAAAGGCUUCACAGAGGGUGAUAUUAAAGCAAUAGAUAGCCAAGGACACUGAAAUUUGUUCUCCUCCUCUUUUCCCUGUCUCACUAUGCUGAUAUUUGCUGUGACCUUAAUGAUCUUAGUGGCCAUGUGCUGAACAAGCCUCCGUCUGUUUGAGGCAUGGAGAGUAACAUAGGUACAAUGCAAGCAGCUUCAGGCAAGACUCAUUCCUGCAUUGCUGGUGGCCAUGCAUGGAUAUGGGCAGCRGAUCCAUGGAUAUGCA